AAAAUAUGUCUGAUUCCCCACGUGAGUCCGUUGACUCCACAAAUGAAACUCCCAGCAAGAAGACACAGUUGGAGGACGGAUCACACUCUCUCAGUGUAAUAAAAAAAGCAGUGGUGGUCUUGACCAGACUCCCUGAAUAUAAGGUCAGCACUCUGCGGCCACCAACGCCUCAGCAGUUCUACAGUGAAGAUGAAUCCCACAGCAGCUCUGAUUCUGACAUGCAGUGGGAACCAGAGGAUAAUUCUAGUGACUCUGAUUUCUCAGUCACUGACAGUAAACAGAAAACUGGAAAACCCACCCAGAAUGACACAAAGAAGACACCUGCGCCACAAACGAUGUCAGAGCCAGCGCCCAUAAUUAUAUCAUCAGCUUUUGCCUAUUGCGCUAAUGAAAUCACGAAGGUCCGUCCUGACUUACCAGAAGAAGAGGUCAAAGUGGGCAUGAUGGUCCUGGCGAGGAAGAGGCACAUGAGAUGGCAACAGGGAAAAAUAGUGGAGAUAAUAACAAGAAAAGAUGGACGGUUGAAGUACAAAGUUAAUUUUGUAGAAAAGGGGAAGAGCCUUGUGUCUGGCCACCACAUCGCCUUUGACAACACACCGAAGCUGGAGCAGCUGUAUGUCGGCGCUCGCGUGGUUGUCAAGUGUCAAGAUGACAAAUUCCAGUCGGCUAUCUUGGCAGAGCUCCCCACCAGGAAGAACCGCUUAAGGUUCUUGGUCUUUCUGGAUAAUCACGUGCCGGUUUAUGUUGGUUUACCUUUACUCCACCUGGUGUGCAGACCGUUGGAAAAUUCUUUAGAUGACAUCCGCGACAGCCCUCACAAGUGUUUUAUGAGUCGAUACCUGAGGGACUGGCCCUACCCACAUUUAACCCAGUACAGUGCUGGUCAGAGCCUUAAUGCAGAGUUAAAUGGAGUCCAGCAGAGGUGUGAGGUGCAGGAAGUCGACAGCAGCUUGAUACAUGUCGUUUUUCAGGAUAAUCAACAUAAGGAGUGGAUCCAUCGAGGCUCCAUCCGACUUGAACACAUGACAAGAUUUUUGGAACUGAAAGAAAUAGAGGAUUACCUGGAUGAUUCUGACUAAAAGCCCACAGACACAGAUAUUUAAAAAACUUUAAAAGUUUUCAGUAAUAUCCAUCAUUAUCACCCCGAAGUGAUGUGUCAUCGGAUUGUUUUGUGAAACAAUAACUGAACCACUUCACUCUAAAAUGAGAUGUGAAAUUAUCAGAUGAUUGUACAGGAAAAACUUGAGCCGGAUGUUUGUUACGAUCUGAUUUUCUUAAAUUAUAAAGUAGUAAAGUUGUUCGUCAUUAUGCAUAAAAUGCACACAAUGGUAAAACAUUUUAAUUUUAAUUUAAUUGAAUAGCAUAUUCAAGCAGCUGUAAAGUGAAACAAGCAAAUGUGUAACAUUCUCUUGCUCUUUUAUUUAUUUAUUUUCUUUAGGGCUGCAUGAUACAGGAAAAAAAUUUACAUUGCAAUAUUUUUUUCGAAUUUCGACAUGCAUUGAUAGCAAACCACCCAGAGAGAGAGGGUAUACAAACCCUGAAGGUGAGACCACCUGACCUACAUACAGGGACAUCAGGGAAUACGCUCCAUUCAGUGUCACUGUGUUGUGGAUGUACCAGGGUACAGCUGUAGUUAGACUGCCCACAAGUGAACUGCUCAGUGGCAACACGGGACGGUUGUUCAGCGGUAAGCACUGUGCCAGGGCCUCUGUGUGGAGUUUGUAUAUUCUGCCUGUGUAUGUUAUGUUAAUUCUCCAGUCCCUUGACCAAGGGUCUUGCCCAGAUCUGGAGCUGGUCCCUGGGUGCCGUCUGACGACUCCUAGCACUUAAUUUAACUUAAUUUAACUUAAUUUAAACCUCGUAACUGUCAGUGUUGCUACAGAAACCCAGAUAGGAAGUGACAACUAGGAAAAACAUACAGGCAAAAAAACAGACAAAUCCACAAAAAAGCAUAGGAACUAGUGCAGAGCUAAAGAUCCAGUGUGGAUGUUCAGCUGCUUCGGUCUGAGUUUUAGGAAGCUGAAAUGACAGAGUUUGACAGAGUUUGACAGCAUUGUAAAUGCUCUUUGUUGACGUCUAAUACCCUUCAGUUGUUAUGAUUUUAUUUGAAUGUGUAAUUUUUGUUUUGAGUCUUUUUAUGUGCUAAGAUCUUGAAACAAAUUGUCUAACAAACAAGUUAGUGAUUCUUUAACGAGCCAGCAGCAUUUUCAUUCUUCGUCAUUUGGAACCAUUUAGCUUGUAAGCUUGUAGUUUCUCAUUAAUGUCAAAUUUGUUUCCACUUAUUUAACUGCUUUGUAUAGUGUUCUGUGUUAUUUUGUAAGUUAAUAAGUAAAAACAAGUUUAACAUUGUCUUUUGCAAGUGUGCCCAGCCUCAUUUCCAGAGAUGUAUUAAAAAAAAGUCUAAUUUCUCAA